AUGACCAUGGCCGCCCAGCAUCCAGAGCUGCGCGCGCUCCUCCACUCGCUCGUAAACCCGAGCAGCAAUGAGGCCUAUGUUCGAGACCAGCAGCAGCUCACCGAUCUGUUCAAGCAACCCGAGUUCUUCGUCGUUCUCCAGGGCUUUGCAGCCGACCACUCUCUCUCGCAGCAGGAGCGCCAUCUCGCGAGUGUGAUCACCGGCCGCGAGCUCAAGACGAAAUGGCGCUCAAAGCUGGUUCCUGACAGUCGCAAGGGCGAGGUCCGCUCAUGUCUCCUCUCAUUCCUCGAGGAGCCUGACUUUGCGAUCGCGCGCCCGCAGCUCGGGUUGCUCGUCAGCAUCGCACGCAUAGAGCUCCCUCGCACCUUUACCGAACUUCCCGAUCGCCUCCUCCAGCCUCUUGCGCAAUGUGUCGCAGCACUGGAGGCAACUGGUGAGAACCCCCUCGAUCCUGCCACCGCCACUGUGCUCCUUAACACGAUGUGGACGAUCAACGCCCUCGUCAAGGAGUGGCGUAGCGUCAAGAUCCAGACAGGCGCGCUCGUCGUUCAGUCUCUCGAGCAGGUAUUUGUCGGACCCCUCGGCAAGGUGCUCGAGAUUUGGAGCGCGCGAGAGCGCGCAGGCUCCUCAGACUGGGUCGUCCACGAGGCGGGUCGGUACGCAUUCAAGACGCUCGCUCGUUUUUGCCAGUGGCAUUGGGGCAAGGCCAAAAACCUGCAGUCCGCCAAGGGCCUCGAGCACAUCCGUCUCCUGCUCCGGCACUCGGUCGAGUUCGCGCCGAUUAUCCAGGACCACCGCCUGCGCCUCUGUGCACACGUACCCACGCCUACUCCACCUGAGUUCAACAAGCUCAUGAAGUCGCUGGCGAAGCACCUCCGCGCCAUUGGCAAGUGGUGGCGCUGGAUGAUCGGCACAGACGCCAAGAGCUGGUGCCAGCUCGAGGGCGCUACCGCCGGAGUUGGAUGGUGGUGGAGCGCUGUCGGUGGCGUCAUGGCCGGCAGUGAUGGCGCGGUCUCCAAUGACGACUCCGACACGAACCCCUACCCCAAGCGCUUCCUCCUCCUCGGCAUGCUCCUCUUCAAGGACAUUCUUCCCAUCCUCGCCCACGACCACCAGGACAUCUUCACCCCCGACUUCGUCCUCACAGCGCUCCACCUGUUGGUCGACAAGCUACUGCCACUCACAUCGACCGAUCUCGAGGCGCUUGAGGACGAGCCUGAAGAGUGGCUCGUCGCGGAGAAUAACGACGGGGAGGCAUGGGCGUUCGAGUUCCGACCAUGCGCUGAGCGCGUCCUGAUCGCACUCAACAACGCUUGUCGCCACCUCCCGCCAGAUCGCAAGCCUAUCGACGCUGAGAUGAUCAAGAUUCUCGGCGAGGCUGAAGCUCUUCCUCCCUCCGAUCUACCAAACAUCCUGCGCAAGGAGGCCGUGUAUUGCGCCAUGGGUCGCUUAAGCCGCUCCCUCGCGACGUACAGCCAGGGUCAUACCGGCCAAGGUAUCGACUUCAACGCCUUCCUCCAUGGCAUAGGCUCGUGGCUCGGUCAGGGACAGCCUCUCCACCGCAUCCUCAAGCGUCGAGUCGCUUGGCUCAUUGGCCAGUGGGUGGGCUCGGAUGAGGAGUGUGCCAAGCUCCCUCUCGUCUGGGAGAUCCUUCUCCACCUCCUCACAGAACGUGGCGAGGCGACCGACAUGGCCGUCAACCUCACCGCGGCGAUUUCUGUGAAGGAGUGUGUUGACCUGUGGGAGCUCGAGGUCGCGUACUUCGUCCCGUACAUUGAGAAGUCGGUGCAGGGGCUAAUCAAGCUCCUCGGUGAGGCCGCGACGUUAGACGGCAAGCGCUACGUGAAUGACUCGCUGGGCGUCAUCAUUGAGCGCGUCGAGGACAAGAUCCUGCCGUACCUUCCCACCAUCGCUCAGGCCAUCCCCGGCCUCUGGCAGAGCGCGACCGGCUUAGAGGGAGAGUGGCUGUUCAAGGCGUCUCUUGUCGUCCUGACAACCAAGAUCGUUGCGGCUGCCAAGGAGUCGUCCGGCAACCUGAUGGAGCUCGUCAUCCCACUGAUCCAGGAGAGUCUGCAGCCGCCUGCCAAGGACUUCUUCGAGGAGGACGGCAUCAUCCUGUGGCAGACUGCGCUCUGGAAUGCCGCGUCACCAUACCAGCCUACGCCGCAGACUGGCUUGAUUUCCCUUGUCCCGGGUCUUAUUGCGGCCGUUGGCGAGAACAUGGACCUACUCCUCCGGCUUCUCCCGCUGCUCGACUCGUACAUCCUCCUGGACGCGGCUGGGCUCGUUGAGCAGUUUGGCCUGGGCAUCUGCCAGUCCCUGCUGAAGGCGAUCGACACAUCAGGCCGCAUGCAGAGCAACGUGGUCGGCUGCCUUGCCACCCUCCAGACGCUCGUGCACGCAGGUCCGCUGCAGGCGCUCGCUCCUGCCCUCCUCGACUCAGGGCUCUACAACAGGAUCCUGACGGCUCUCGAAGAUGACAAGGCAUCCGGCACCAUCCUCGCCGGCUACCUUGGCAUCCUAUCACGCAUCGCGAUCCGGGACCAAGCCCUCUUCUUCCAGCUUGCGCAGGAGCAGGCGCGCCGCAACGGCCGCGACCCCCACAAGCAGCUCGAGGAGAUCUUCGACGCCAUGUGGCGCAACUUUGACUAUGUCGGAGAGAGCCGCGCACGCAAGGCUGUGGCGAUGGGCUGCGGUGCCCUCCUCACGACGGGCCACACCGAGGCUCUCGACCGCCUCGACGGCGAGUUCAUGAACAUGUUCCUCGACGUGCUUGGCGAGCUGCAGCCGGCCGAAGGCAACGGGCCAGAAACUACCGUCAACCACUGGAGUGCGGACAACUCGGUCAUCUGGGGCGACAUCCAGCACACGCCCGAGGGGGUGCGCCGCAAGGCGCUCGAGGACGCCGAUCCGGCCUACGCUGUGCCGCUGCGCGGCUUCGUGGUGGACGUACUUACGCGCGCCCAGAAUGUCGGCCUGGGGCCGUACUGGGAUAAGGCGGAUGCAGGGACCAAGAACAGCCUGCAAAAGUUCCUCCAGUAG